AUGUGCAACACGUUCUCCAACUUUGUCUGCAACGCCGGUAAACAUCAGCUGGGACUGUCUGAUUGUCAUGAUCCAUCGACAAAGACCCAGCCCUAUGUCAAGAUCACGACAGCCAAGAUGCUCGCCCAGCUCCUCUCUGACGCAACCUUUAUCGAUAUAUCCAACUGCUUUGGCAUACUUCAAAAUAUCUUCGAUUCAAACAACCACAUUGAUGUCCGUAGCGAGGUUGUCAUGGCAGUUCUGCGACUGUUCCGCCGCGCGGCAGACUUCACUUCGGUAUUUACUGCAAUGGCCUCGAUGGCAAACGCCGCUUCUGGCCCGAGCGAACGAGAAGCCAUAUCGGAGGCCGACUGGCUUGCCGCCGAAAAAGGAGAGAGACCUCUCCCAGAGGUUGCCACCGUAUCCGAUCGCCCCUUGUUCCGGUGCUUCCUGGAAACCGCCUUCGACUACCUUCCUGAAAAACACCGCAGAGAAUACUUGCACAAGGUCCUCCUGCCGCUAUUUGAAGAAUCAACUCGGCAGCACACUCGCUGGAUACGGUGCUGGGCACUCGCUUACCUGCACUACCCUCAUGUGGAAGCAAUAAACCGGGAACUUUCUGCGAAGAAUAAGGGUUGGCGGGGCAGUACGGAGGGAAAGCACUGGCUCACGCUGCAGUCGCACCUGCGCAGCUGUAGGCCCUUUGCCGCAAUAGGUGGCAAUAUUGCUGCGGGUGUACAAUCGCAGGCGGAGGGUGACAUGACAGUCUCCGAUCUCGUGGAGGAGUACAUUUGUCGCGCACGGAUAGUGAGUCGGCAUCCGUUGAGAUUCGAUAAGGACCUCAAUCGUUUUGUGGUCUCGAUAGAGGCGAUUUUGGAGUCAUUGACGAUCUUGAAGGGAGAAGUGAGGUCGCCUGCUGCCCUGCCGUCGAGGUUGCAGAUGGACAUACUGCGUCUCCCAUCACCAGACCGCAAUCCUCGCACAAAGGAUCCGGCAAUGGAGCUCGGGAGAAGACUUAUGAACCUAGUGAAGAAGCUUGCGGACAAUCCUUUGUUGCUGGUCGAGUUUGACGCUGUCAAGGAGCAGGUAAGCGAUGUGGAAGAACGCGAUUCUGCCUCGUUUGCUCUUCUAUUUGGGGCUGAAGUCGAGGAAGACAUCGCCCGGUGUGCUUUGGAGAGAAUCAAGUCAGAGAAUUUGCGCCAAAACGAACAGUUGAUGGCCAUGAUCCGCAGGUGGAAGGCGAGCAGCAGUGAGUGGGUGAGGCAGGUCGAAUGGGGUUUUGAUGGAACUUUCUGA